AAUUGAUAUAUGAAGCGAGACUGUCUUUUCACCUUUUCUAUCGAUGCCCUUGAACAUCCCAGGCAUUCUUGUUCCGUUUCACCUGCUCAAGAAUCCCCGACUUAUCAUUCCCCAUGUAACAGUAAAAGAUAUUCGCCAAAUUGAUUUUUUGGCGCUUCGAAAUGCAGGCUAUAGAGGAGCAGUCUUUGAUAAAGACAAUUGCUUGACAAUCCCGUAUAAAGAUGCUCUUGUGCCACAGCUCGAAGAUGCCUGGAAGGAAUGUCGUGAGGCAUUCGGGGAAGGAAACGUAAUAAUCGUCAGCAAUUCCGCUGGCACCAAGUUCGAUGCUGGAGGAAUCCAGGCAGAAUCGGUAUCAUAUCACCUCUCUGUCCCGGUUCUCCGACAUGACACUCUUAAGCCUGGUUAUUCCUGCAUUGCUUCGAUACGCGCCUACUUUUCGUCUCUUCGCGUUCCAAUCCCCGAUGACGAACUGGUUAUAGUCGGAGACCGUAUAUUUACGGAUGUGAUCAUGGCAAACCGAAUGCGCUCUGGCUUCGCCUCAUCUUCAAGUGACACACCUGCUCGUGCGAGGAUUGGUGGUCCCCUUGCUAUCUGGACGAAUGGUGUUUGGCAAAAAGAAAGCAUGAUGAUGCGAUGGGCGGAAAAGCGCUUAUUGGAUGUGGUUCGAAAGUGGGCGAGACACGGGGAAACGUCUUCCGUUGGUACUAACAUAUUCGUGAGGGAACUCCCUUCUCCGGAACCUCGCAAGACUGGAAGCGCACUUACUAAAUUGUUGGACAUGAUGAGAUAGCAUGGUCGGCGACUUUUCUGCGUAUAACGCCAACCACGACUCGAACUUCCUUUCAUUACAGUUCAAGUUUGCGAGAA